GCGUGUGCGCGGGCCCGACGUGCCGACGCUUCUUCAGAGCCCGAGCGUCUUCGUCGCCCUCGCGCUCCCACGCCGCCCGGGCGUCCCAAUCCCCGGUCCCACGUCGGUGGGCCCAGUCCUCUCGGCCACUUAACCCAGAAACGAGACAGACGCCGCCCGAAGCGCAGCACUCAGGAAAACGCGCGGGCGCCAGAGGGAGCAAGCGCCCGCGCCCGGCAGAUCUCGCGAGAGCUCCCGCGCGCACCGCUCGGUCGCGCGACCGCGUUCGGAUUUUGGCGGAAGCGCCGGGCGCGAAGGGAGAGCCGGCGGGCGGCGGCCCCAUCUGUGGAGCGGGGAUUGCUUCCGGGUCGCCGGGUCGGCCGCUGUCCCCGAGGCGGGAGGAGCCCGAGGGGGCGCGGGCCCCGCAUGUGAGGAUUUUAUAUUGGAAGACAUGGAUCUUGCUGCCAAUGAACUCAGCAUUUAUGACAAACUUUCAGAGACUGUUGAUUUAGUGAGACAGACAGGCCAUCAGUGUGGCAUGUCAGAGAAGGCAAUUGAAAAGUUUAUCAGACAGCUGCUGGAAAAGAAUGAACCUCAGCGAGGUCCUCCCCGGUAUCCUCUCCUUAUAGCUGUGUAUAAGGUCCUCUUAACCCUGGGAUUUAUCUUGCUCACUGCCUACUUUGUGAUUCAACCUUUCAGCCCAUUACCGCCUGCACCAGUGCUUUCUGGAGCUCACACCUGGUGCGCGCUUUUUCAUCACAUCCGACUGAUGUCCUUACCCAUUACUAAGAAGUAUGUGUCUGGAGAUCAGGGCGAGUCUCUGCCUAGGGGUGAUGAAGACAGACACUUUUCAGGCGGCCUGCCAGCAUGGGAGGGACAAGUCGGUGGCAGCUGCCUCAAGGAAAUACAGGUUCUUUAUGAAGGAAAGAAUUGGACAUUAAGAGACUUUUACCCAUGGUCCACAAAUACCUGUGAGCAGAAUGAGUCAUACCCCCUCCUUGCCAACUGCACUGGCUGUGCCCAGAAAGUGCCCCUUAAGGUAAUGCUCCUGGAAGAUACCCCGAAGAAAUUUGAGAGAUUCCAUCCUCUAGUGAUCAAGACGCGCCAGCCCUUGCUCUCUGAGGAGCUUCAGCACUUCCUUUGCCAGUACCCUGAGGCCACAGAAGGCUUCACCGAAGGUUUUUUCACCGAGUGGUGGCGCUGUUUUCCUGAGCGGUGGUUCCCGUUUCCUUACCUUUGGAGAAGACCUCUGAACAGAUCAAAAGUUUUACCAGAGGUUUUUCCUGUUUUCACCUACCUGCCAUUUCCAAAAGAUGCUUCCUUGAAAAAGUGCUUUCUUCUUCAGCCAGAGCCUAUUUUGGAAAGUAAGAUGCAUAGGAUGCAUGACCUGUUUAUUGUUAGCAGUGGCGAGGCCAUGUUGCAGCUCAUCCCCACGCUCCAGUGCCGAAGACACUGCCAGUCCUUGGCAAUGCCACUACAACCGGGGGAUAUUGGUUAUGCCGGAACCACCCAGUGGAAGGUCUACAUCAUAGCCAGAGGGGCCCAGCCUGUGGUCAUCUGCGAUGGAACCAUCCUUUCAGAGUUAUAGGGAUCAAAACUAUAUGAGAACAUCUUUGAGAACUGAAGACCCAAUUUAAAGGGGAAAAUAAAGAACAAAAGCCAUGAAACCACUUUCCAGGGGUUGGUUACUCUGUCCCUGCCCUACGCAUGCAUGUGUGAGCCCACUGUGUGCUAGAGGCAGUGGCUGGAGCCAGCCCUCCCAGCUCUCCUCGCUGCUGGCAGGACUUUGCCCCCACCGAUGAGAGGCAGGGCUCUUCCCACUUCUUGGCACCACUGCCUUGAGGCUGCCCCUUGGGAAGGGACCGGGUUGGUGGCUCCCUUACAUGGCAUGAGCCCUCUGCUGCCCCUGCCCACAGCGGGCAGCCAGCAGGUUUGCAGAGUCCUACUUCACAGGGCGGGCUGCUUUUCCUGUCCUCUGGCCACACCAGCCUGUUCUUGUUUGGGCAGCCGUCACUGCAGUUUCCCAAGCAGAGAGAGUUCUAGAAUCAGUGCAGCUAUGAUCCAUAACCUCCAAUUGCACUCACAAAGUAUGCUUCUUCCCAGGUCCAUGGCUUGUGGGCUGUGGUGCCGAGCUGGGCUCUGGCCAUUGAGAUAGUAAUUCAGUUCCCAUGGUAACAUUUUCUCCGCUGUAUCGUAUUUGGGUUUUGUUGUCUUGGGGGUCUCCCCAGCAUUUUCUGGGGGUUACCAGGGCUAUUCCCCAGCAGUGCUGCAGAGACCGUGCAGUGCCAGAGAUGGAACCCAGGACCUGUGCAUGCCAGGCAUGUGCUUCAGCCCUUUGAGCUAUCUCUCCAGUCUACCAGAUCCUACGUGAACCCCCAAUUCCCAUUCCUCGUUCCUUUCCCCCCUAAGUGGUUUCUCAAAAUGUGGGUCCCUUGGUUCCCCCUGCCCUUAGUGCUGAGGCUGCACUGUGCCUGUCGGCUGUGUUGCUUUGCUGAAUGUCCUGAGAGGGGUAUUAAUUAACAUGCUGGCCUGGGGAGAGGGCGCCUCCCUGGGUUUGAUCUUUGGGAUGUGGCUUUCUGCAGGGAAGAUGUUUUACAGAUGUCUCAGGCUGAUGUUGUAAUGUGCUUGGGGAAGGAACUCUGCAUCCAAAGCGUCUGCCAGAAGGGCGUGCAGCUCUGACCCUCUGUUUUAAGAUGGUUUCUUUCUUUGUACUGGGAAACAAGGUGAGGUUUUUAUUUCUUAUUGUAAUAUAAAGGUCUCUCUUCUCGAU